UAAAUAAGCAUAUAUAUUGUUAGGAAAAUCAUGUUGUUAUGCCUUUUGUGGUUAUGAAUAUUCUAUUCUUCACCUAAGGGUGUUUCCAAUAAGGUGAAAAUUUUGAUCACCCCACAAAUCCAAAAGGCAUCUUAUGCCAUUUAUCUUUCUCUAAAUUCCUUGUGCUGGAAGUUAUACUCUUCACACAAAUUAUACUCUCUCUCUCUCUCUCUCUCUCUCUCUCUCUCUCUCUCUCUCUAACCAUAAAAUGAUGAAGCAAAGCAUAUAUGCUCUCUGAACUUCACUUGUCAACAGUGAAUGCCAAACCUUUCUUUCCUAUUUUUUUUCUUAUAGAAAUUUAUUUAUUUAUUUCAUUUUAAUGAAGUAUUGAACUUUAUGUGUUUUUGUCUAAGCUCAUCUCAAGCAAGGAAUAUAAGUGUGAGUGUCUUAAAAAAUUGAUGAGUAAGCUCAGUUUUUUAUGGCUCAUUUUUGGCUCAUACCAAAAUUCUCUUCUUCAUACAACAAUCUUUAGCAUUUUUGUUUGAAAAAAUUCUUAUACAUACUUUUUUUUUUUUGCUAUAGGAAUUCAUACAAUUUGCACAUUUAUUAGCAUUAAGGUAAUCUUUGUGAUGUCAAGAAUAUUGGACACUCUUAGUGAAUUUGCAUUAAAAGGGUAAAACCAUUGCAUCAAGAAUAUUAGCAUAUACAUUACACAUAUGGGUUUCAUAACAUGGACACCAAGCCAUACAUGGCAACCAACAAUGACAACAGAUACAACUGCGUCGAGUUAUUGGUUGAACUGGAGAUUCUUCUUUUGUGCACUAUGGAUUUUCAUCUCAAUGACACUAGCAUCUUAUUUAAUAUUCAAGUAUGAAGGAUUCAAUAAACAAAGAUCUUCUGAGAGAGAUGAAAAUCAUCAAGAAGCAGAUGGAUUGUUAUAUGAAGAUGAAGCUUGGAACACAUGCGUUAAAGGGAUAGAUCCGUCGUGGCUUCUUGUUUAUAGAAUCAUUUCUUUUGUUGUUCUUUUGGCUUUGAUUAUUGCCAAUGUUGCUACUGAAGGAGCUGGUAUAUUAUACUAUUACACUCAAUUGACCUUCACUUUGGUUACUAUUUACUUUGGGCUUGCAUCAUCAUUCUCACUAUAUGGAUGUUUAUUUAAACACAAAAAAUUUGGUGGAAGAACAGUCAAUGGUGCUUCAUUAGAGGCAGUAAGCACUUAUAUGGCUCCAACUCUUGAAAGGGUUUUAGAUAUUCCUGAACUGACUAAAAGUCCUGAUCAGGAAUUUCAUACCAGGGAAAUUGCUGGUGUAUGUGGUUACAUUUUCCAAAUAAUUUAUCAGACUUGUGCAGGCGCUGUAUUUCUCACUGAUUUUGUAUUUUGGUUUGUCCUUUAUCCAGUGAGAACAUCCAAUCAUUACAGUCUUGAUUUUUUGAUUUUUUGUAUGCACACCAUUAAUGCUGUUUUUCUCCUUGGUGACACAUCAUUGAAUUGUAUGAGAUUUCCAGUGUUUCGAUUUGCAUAUUUUGUAUUGUGGACAGCUACAUUUGUGAUUAUUCAGUGGAUAAUCCAUGCUUGUGUUUCAAUUUGGUGGCCUUACCCUUUCCUUGACUUGUCAUCUUCAUAUGCACCCUUAUGGUACUUGGCAGUGGCUCUCAUGCAUUUUCCAUGCUAUGGCUUAUUUAUUUUGAUAGUGAAGUUGAAGCAUUUUUGGUUAUCUAGAUCAUUUCCUGGAUCAUCAAGAAUUGUACAUUGAUUACACAAUCCAGAAAUAUUAAUCACUGAAUGAAGGCUACCCUUUAGAUAGCCUAACAAAAUCAUUUUGAAGACUAGAUUUAGAUCAUUGUUUGUAUAUGUCCUACAUAUUUAUCUUUUUCACAUCUCUUGUUGCAUAUCCUCAACUUUCUUAAAACUAGGAUCUUUUAGAAUACUUUGACAUGUCAUAUCUUAGUGUUUGAUGUAAUUGGUUCACAAACUAUAGCUGCUCUUAUGAGGGAAAUGGAUUAGUUAUAUAUCUCAUCCAUCCCAUAAAAAUUAAUGGUUGAGAUCAUUUAAAACUAACUUAACAAUUUUGAAAUUAGAGUUGUCUAAUAUGAAAUCAAUGACCAAGAUUCGUCGUGUGUAA